ACCAACGAUAUGCAUCAUGAAAUCAUGAAAUAAAUUUGUUACAAACAAUUCACUACAGCUACAUUCACAUAUUCCGUGUUAAAAAGCAAUACUUUGUUCAGUUUAUUUUAAAAGUUGAAAAUCACAGUCAUGUCAUACCCACCACCAUCAGGGCCUCCCAACCAUUAUGCCCCAUAUCCUGGUCAACAACCAGCGUCCAGUACAUAUUAUGCGAAUCCAGGCUCUGUCACUUAUGUACCGACACCGGUAUUAAUGCCCGUGUAUCCACCUCAAGUGGCUGUCGUGCCUCAACCUCAGCAGCCACCAAACUCCACAUACGUCACAAACAUUUACCAGCAACCCCCACCGGAACCAGUUCGGGUUGUCGAACAUGCUGAAGAUAUAGAAUGGGUUUCGGCUUCGACGACCUCUUUUCAACAUCUUCGAGGAAGAGCACUACAGAUGGACACGAGCAAGUAUUGGAUAAUUAGGGCACAUCAUGAACGAGCUUUAAUUCCAGGAAAACUGCACCGUACAAUGGAAACCGCAAAUAUACCCUACGGUGGAAGAGAUGUGUCAGUACAUAAUUUUGAGGUAUUGUGUGCUAAGCCUAGUGCUGUGCGCUGGCUCAACAGUAGUCACGGCAUGGUACCACCCGGUGCUAUCGCCGCAGGCUACACAGAGAGUGGUGAAGCACUUUAUGUCGCCAAAGCAAACCAUGUUAAAUCAAACCAUGGAAGAUCUCUUUUCUCACAGAUAGGAAACCAUAUCCUCGACAUACCUAUACGCAGUAUCCCUGGUAAAGUCCAUCCUAGUCACAAAUGCUGCUACAUUUCUUUCUUAGGGAUGGAGAUUUCGUACCAGUCAUAUGAAGUCCUAUGUAAAAUGUAUGAUUAAUCUUGUAGACACGUUCAAAUCUGUUACUUUGGCUGAGUAUUAUCGUCUAUUCUUCAUUCCAAAUAAUAUUCUUACUUAAUUUUAAAAAUAAAUUAUAAAUAAUAUAGCUUCUGUUACAUUUCCUGUAAUAUUUGUACAUAUGAAAAGAAAUUUUAUAUUUAGGUUGUUUUAUUAAACAUUAAAUAAUAAAGUU